GUAUCCCAAAUGGCCAAUUAUGCAGGUGUGAUAAUUCCAAAUUUUUAUUUGGAUGAAGACGUUCUAUUAUGUUUUGAAGAUGGAUAGAGUGAAUAUAAUUCCACGUUUGAUAGCUUAAAAUGGAAGACCUGGGGAAUAUCGAUUUUUCCGGAAAUAUACCAUCUAUGAACGUAUCCUUCGAUUUGAAUACGGACGGAACCAGCACAGAUGACAGGAAUAUGACAGAAAAAGUUGAUGGGGAGAUUACCUCAUCAGCUGAUUUGGGGUUACCUUCGCCGGUACCUGUUACAGAGGAGAGUAUGAGUAUAGCAUCAGAUGAAGUUGAUGACAAGGAGGAAGAAACCGACACACGAAAUCCUCUCAGUCCUGAACUGCAACAAGGCUAUAGAAUUUUGAAGGAACUUAUGGCAGAUGGAAACAAAUCUGUGAACUGGCAUUUUUUGGAAGCUGUCGACUCUAGUCAUCCUGAAACUGCAGAUUAUUAUGAACGAAUCAAGAGACCAGUCUGGUUGGGGAAAAUGUUAAGUAAGUUUGAAGACCGUCUUUAUGAAACCAUCACCGAGUUUGUGUCAGACUUUCGUCUGAUGUUGGAAAACUGUUAUCGCUACAAUGGACCUGACCACUAUGUUUCAAAAAGAGGACAAAAGCUGGAGACAAUGAUGGAACAAAAACUUGCUCUUCUUUCCAGAGAGUUACGAGAAAAGACAUCCAUUGCAGCAACAUCAGGUCAAAAUGGUGAUGAAAACAUUUCUUUCUCGGGCUUACGAAGACGAACAAGGACAAUAAUUCCCCAUGAUUCCUCUGCUUUGCUCAGUCAGCUGAGAGAGGAGGAGAUGCGUCGUGACCGUGAACAACGUAAACAGCAGAUUACAGACAGGAAGGCAGUACAAGAGGCCCAGCUCCAAGAAGUCUUAGACUGGGAAACUGCUAUCCUAGAUGGCAAUGCUGACUAUAUGAGGGCCAUGUGGGAGCUGCCCCAAAUUGGUCACUUUUUGUUCCUGUGUCAAGAUGCACUUAACAUUGGAGAAAUUCCUCAGUUUGAGUUGGAGCGGUGCUUCUAUAUGCCACGAGAAAGUGCGGUGAUGCAGAAAGUAAUGACUGCUCUACUUAGUACUCCAUUCCAGAGAAUGAGAAUUGACAAGAAGACGUUGAUGCCGUAUAGUAUUUGGGAUGAGAAAUUAAGACUUAAACUGAGACAGUGGUACAAAACAUUUGUAGAUAGCCAUGAAGAUGUACAAAAGGCUGCAGUUAAACUGGGAAUAGAUUGCAAUUUCUUUGAGAUAGUUGGCAAAAGAAAUCCAUUGGAGAGAUGUAAAUUUCAUAACCUUUGUCCAUACCGGAGAGUUUGGAUUGUCAAGUCAUUGUGUGACUAUUGUCUGGAGCAUCAAGAAUCCAUUAGGGAUGCUAUAGAGUCCCAGCCCAUUGAAGAACAGCAUGACUACCUACUGGGAGUGGAUGCCAAUGGAACACGCUACCUUCACUUCCCACAGUUCUGUGGUGCAGAUCUUAGGAUCUAUAAACAAGAAAAAAUACCUGAACCCAAAGUACCUGUUUUCCUAGAAACACCAAAACAAGAGGAAAAAGAAACUGAACCAACUGAAACAAAUACUGAAAUUGAUAAACCAAUUAGCUCAAAGAAAAAGAAGAAAAAGAGAAAGAAGAUAAAACCAGACCUUCCUGCUCCUCCUACAAAUAGGCCAAGCCGACUUAGACAGAAAAUUAAAACUGUGUUGCCAGUUAAGAAUUUUUCCUCAUCUUCUUCAUCUUCAUCCGAUGAUGAUGGUGGCGACGAAAGUGAUGGAUCCGAUGCUAAUACAAGGACUAGUUUCGGAGAUCAGAGUGACUUAAAUCUAAAUGAUAGUGGGAUAUGUGAUGAUACACCAAGAAAAAGGAAUAAUGAGCCUCCAAACAAACCACUUCAUCGAUUGAUGGAGAGUGACAAUUGUAGUGAUACUUCGUCCAUCGACGGAGAUGGUGCUUGUAAGCGGUCUCGUACUCGCAGACUGGUGCGAAAUGGCUUAUUACGAGAGUUUAAUGUAUCUGAACAGUCUUUAGAUGAAAGUUCCAUGGAUAGAGAUGAGAUCUCAGAAGUUAAAGAUGAGACUAUGUCAGAGACAAGUAACACUCUAGAUAGUUUAGAGGACAGUAAUGGUGCUUGCAAACAUAGUGAUAUCAAAAUAGAUCGUAAAAAUAUGCCAGACAGGAGUGAGACUGAAGUGUGCGAAAGUGAUACUGAUUCGCAAAUGUCACAUUCAUUUAGCAUGAAAAAGGGUAAUGAUGCAAAUGGUUAUGAACCAAUGGAUGUUAGUGAAACAGAAUUCCAGAAUACUUGUACAGAAAUGGAUGCCAAGGGAGACCAUCCACAGGAUAUAGAAACAACAAAUGUAAACCAGUCUCCCUUAUGUGAUAGCCUUUCUGCUCAUAAUACAGAGUCAUCAUUUGGUGGCAUCAGUACUAGUCAGUUCCUUAAAGUUGAUCCCAACAGUGCAGUGUUAACUGAACAGUCCACAAGUAGUGACAACACACACGACAAUUCGGAAGUGAAGUUUCCAGAGUGUAAUACAACCAAUGACUUAAAAACUGAAUCAAAUACUCCAACAUGUAAUACACCAGAAAGUAAAUCGGACUUGAACCAUGGGUUGGAUAGGGUAGCAACUGAAAGUCCACAUAUAUUAGAGAAAAACAUCAAACCAUCGGAUACAAACAGUAGUGAUAUUGAAAUGUCUAGCUGUGAUAAAAUUGACACUUCUGAUAUUAAAGUGAAAGUAGAAAUAACAGAGAAAGAUCCUGAAAAGGAGCAGGUGCUUGACCAUGACUACUCGGGGCAGAGUGGGGUGGGCAAAUUCCUUGAUCACGAUUAUGGACAGGGCUGUCAAGCUAAUGUAGACAGUGUGAAGGAUGAAACAAUGGACAGCAUGGAGGUUAAACAGGAGGUCAAAAAGGAGGAUGAGAUGGAACAGGAGAAGGAAGUGUUGCCAGAAUUAGGUCCAUUUAAACUUAUUGUGGAAUGUGUUGAAGACCUGAAGCAACUAGUGGAAUCAUUUGCAGAGCAGGAACCGAUUGUCAUUGGUAAAGGAAAGAAACAAAAGGUAAUUAAGCCACCGCCUCGCAAACGUUGUGUGGUGGAUCUCCAUGGGCGGCUCUUGUUCCUGUUGAAGGAGCUGGAGCCUUGGGAACAAAAGCUCACCCUGGCCACUAGGAAAGCCAGGCUCAAGAUGCAUAAGGAGCAUACAUCCUUUGUUGAGGAAAAGCAAGAGGACGACAAUUGGGAGUCUGAGCAUUCUGAAUCAUCCGGAUCUGAGAAUGGGGAAAAUUCUGACUCGGAUGGGAGUGAAAAUGAAGAUGCAAAUGAGGAUGAAAAUGGGGUUGUGAUCAUACAGCAAGAGGCUUCUACUACAGCUUCAUCUACAUAUACUCUGUCUGUGUCUCAAAGCGAAGCAAUGGAAGACUGUGACGAUAUUGACGUGAGCUCUAGAGGACGCAUCAGGAAAAGACGUGUCAUUCCAAACAACUCUGAAGAUCCUGGAACACCUAAGAAACGAAAGCUAGUCAAUGUUUCUUUGCCAUCAACUGUACCGCAUGUGCCAAACAUUCUGCAGCGUCCCGGGAAGACAUUACCCUCUAUUGGUCUCAGUUCUCUGGAUGGAAGCACAGCUAGUCAGAUCCUGUUGCAGACUAGUUCAGGAAGCCACACCCUACUGCCCUCUAAUGUGAAACUUGUAUCAGGAGAAAAAGUGCUUCAACCUCAAUCUUUGUCACUUCUACAAAGGCCUGCCCAGUUACAGCAACAGUCAUUAGCUGAGGGUAUUUCUCAUGCCAAAUUGCUGCAGGGUCUGUCACAACAUACACUUUCGUCCAAGCAAGCAUCCCAUCCGGUCAUACAACAGCUGCUGUCCACUUCACACCAUCCAAGCCCCCGAGUUGGUCCAUCUGCAUCAAGUAAUCCUAGCCCUGGAGCAACAUUAUCUACGCCGCAAAGAACAGUUCUAUUCCAGCCUGCCAAUAAGCUAUCCAAUGUCAGACCUCCCAUUGCAAAACUUGCAUCAUCCAGUCUGUCUGUGAUCGGUGGUGCUGUAGACCCACAGCUCCCAAACAUAUCCUCUACCGGUGGCAAAAUUCAGUACUAUGCAGCCAACAUCAACACUUUACCUCCAUCUGUCUUACAACAACUCAUCAAGUCAAAUGCACUGAAGAUCCCACCAGGUCCUAAUCAGUCUGGCAUGGUCUUGCUCACCACAGUCAACCCUCAGGGCCCGACCUCUUCUAGUCAGAGCCAGACCAUUGCUGGACUACAAAUUCAGACAGCACAGAAAACACCUAUAAAGAAGAGUGUCCUGCCUGUAGCAGAUCAAACAAUUGGUGGGCUGCCCAAGGCCGGUGUACCAAAGACUAUGAUAAGACUCCCAGUCAGUAGUCCGGUAACAUCAGCUGUGGCAGCAACACCAGGGUCAAUGAUAAAGAAUGUUGUUCCCCAGAUGAACACUGCUGUCAAUAUACGUGUGAAUGUGCCUUCUACAAACUCCGCCGUUGGGCUUUUACAGAGUGCUAUCAAUGCAUCGACCGGAGGCAGUGUGAUCUCUACACCAGAUCAUGUAGUACCAAACACAAACAUUGACAGGAGUGUUAGUGUUGAAACUUUAGGGAGUGGUACAUUGUCACUGACUGGUAGUAAACCUCAGGUGACUGCCAGCAGUUGUUCUCUCUCUCCUACAAACAUUUCUUCCACUUCUCCAAAUAGACAGCCUUACAAGUAUGCAAACAAUGUCACCGUGAAAACUUUACUGGAGGCACGAAAGGAUGCUGAAAAAACACCAGCAGAAUCUACUAAACCAAUACCUGUUAAAAAGACGUCUGAAGUUACAUCCUCAACACCUACUGUGUUGUUACAUCCAACAUCCACUGGAAUUAAGACUUUAAAGAUCCCCAGUAAGGCAGUGUUGGACUCUGCAGUACAGGCAGUAGUGACAGACGUCCCAACAUCUCUCCCCACUGUGAACAUCAAAGUCCCAGCGCCAUCAGCAAUGCCUGCCAUUCAGCCACGCUACAAUGUCACUAAAACCAUACAGAGCAUGAAAGGUCCCAUACCUACUGCACCUAGACUGGAACCUGCUUCCUUGUCAAGUAACACAUCAGUAAAUGUUACGUCACCUUCACCGGGGCAGAGUCAGACAAAUAAUUCCAACCAAUCUCUGCUUGCACAACUUCAAACUGGAAAUAAUCCAAUCAUGUUGACGACACUUAACAAAAACAGUGGACUUGGUAACAUGGUCCUCACAGCAGCACAACAACAAUCGCAAGAUAAGAAAAACAUGACACUGAAAGUGCUGCCGCAUGGUUUACAACAACCACAGCAAGGAGUGAUGCAAGGAUACCUGACCCCUCAAGGACUGAUAAUACCUCAAGCUGCUCUACAACAACAGCAAGCCAGCACUCUAAAUACAGGGUCAGUCGGCAAUCAAACCCUCACUCAAGGCAUACUCAAAACCCAAUCUCCAAUUCCAGGGACUGUCAACCAAACUGGAACUUCAGUGACUAUUGGCAACCAAAUUAUCACACCUGUGAAUAUCAACAAUCAAAAUCUCACCUCAGGACCCCUCAGUUACCAAACUGGAUCACAGGGUAGCCAAAGCCUCACCAGCAUGCCUGUUCAGCUUGGAUUUCAAGGAGGAAGUGUGACAUCAUUAGUGUCGGGAAAUCAACAGAUGAGUGUGUCUCACAAUAGCAACAUUCAAAGGCAGAAUGUUAGAAAGACACUUCAGGCAAGUAGCAAGGUGAUACAAAACACUGUAAACACUGUACAAAGCAACUCUGGAUCCUUAUCAAAUAACUCAAUUUCUGGGAUUCAGGGAAAGACCUUGCUUGCAGCAGGAGGACAAGCCCAGGUAGGGAAUCUCAUUACUGGACUUGUGAAGACUGGAGGAAGCAAUGCUAUAGGGACCAGUUAUUUCAACUCGGCAAUCAAUGCCACUCCCAUGCUGUCAACCACUCUUACAUCAUCAGCUAGUAUGAAGCCAGCAGUUAGUUUGGACAAAUCUGCCAGCUCAAUUAUGGACACUCAGAAGGUGCGUAUCCAGGCAGUGGGAGGUGGAGCAUCAACACUGCUAGACCUUGGGGGAAUUUCAAAACUCCAGGGCCAAGGUCAAGGUCUUCUGGUGCCAGGUCUCAUCCCAGGGAUGAACUUAGUUAAUGUUGGGGGUCAGCUGAAACUGCAAGAAGGUAGUAACAACAUGACUAUUCUGGGGAACAGUUCCAUCAGCAUGUCUACCAUUGUGUCCUCGGCUGUUUCGACUGUUACCAUGGCAAAUUCUUCGACCACUAGCUCCAGUAAUCAAAUUGGAAAUAUCUACCCUGUAGUCACACUUGCUGGUUCUGUUGGAUCAUCUGGAGGACAGACUAACCAGGCUGUUCCUCCCUCCCCAGGACCAGUUCCUCAAUCUCCACUUCAGCUAACAUCACCCCUGUUGGGUCAACUUACUAACCCUAUUGGAAAUAUGGGCAACUUUGCAACAGUCUUAGGGCAGAUAGCCAGUCCCCUCAACAAGACUGGGGUCAUAGGUCAACAAACAGCACUGACAGGAAAUCUUCAGUUACUUGGACAACCUGGGGUUAAGGUGACUGGAAGUGCAGGUCAAAUACUGCGCCAACCAAAUCAGCAGAUGAACAUUCCAAGUACAUCACCUUCAUUGAUUGGUCAACGGUUGUGUUUGUCAGGAAGCAGCAGUCAAAUGAUUGGUCAGCAAUUGACUAGUCCUCUAGCGAACCAGGCUCCUGUGGUGCUUGGUAACAUUGGACAAGGGUCAUCAUCUGACCUCAUCAAACAACUGGCUGCUGCACAGCUCCAACUCUCUGGGCAGUCAUCAUCAAGUAUUGUCAAUCAGAUUCCUAAUCAGAUGGUACUGCAGGUCCCAGCUUCUCCUGGGGUGAAAGGUCAGGCCAUGAUUCGACCUCCUGGUCAGCAGAGUCUCCAAGGAAACCAGACGAUGCUGCUUUUGUCGCCGCAGAAACAUUUGCAAGGUGCCAGUAUUGGAACAGGCACCCAGCAACCAAAGCAGCUCACUCUGAGACUCAACUCCCCAGUCCUACAACAAACGCAACAGAUAAAAGUCCCUAUUGUGUCAUCAGCCAAAUCAACACAGGAUCAGAAUGCCACACAACUCUCAAAGGUUAAACUGAACUUUGAUCUUCAAACGGCUAAGGUGAAACCUGGUCCAAUAAAUACAUCAAAAACUAUGCUACAGUCACCAGUGAUGGGAUCUGUUGUUGUUCCAGUCAGUACUGCAACACAGGCAGCAGAAAAGCUAGUCCUCCCCACCAACACACUCCAUCAGAAGUUAAAUGUUGCAAAGACUAGCACGACUACCAUUGGAACACUACAGCAGGCAAAUGUUGUAAGAUUAAACACACCUGCCUCACAAGUUCGCAUACAGGCUCCACCUCAACAGUCUUUGGUUGUGAGUCUCCCAAACACCAUCAACAGUCCCAGUACAGGGCCACUUUUGUCACCUGCCAAAGCCACCACUUCCCAAGCAGGUACAUCUCAAAAACUUUUCCUAUACAACAUUGGUGGUCAGCUGGUUACCCCUCAAGGUGUUCCAGUUACAGUCGACAAUGGUGUGCUAAAGGUGCUCCUACCCCAAACCAAGAUGGUAUCGCCAUCAUCAUCUGUCGGUCAGAAAGUGUCUGGUACCACCAAUCCUCCAGUGACAAUUGUGUCUGGUGCUAAUAUGGUAAGAUACGUAGUUCCAACUAAACCUGUGAAUGGGACCCAGUCCUUAAGUGCUACUGGAAACUUUACUGUUGGUGCAGCGAAACCCAAUUCUGUUACCAGUGUGACUUUGAACCCUGGAAGUAUUCUCACCAACCAAUCUCCAAUUGUGUGUUCUUCAGUAGGUAAAGUGCUGCAGAGUGGUUCAGCUGAUCACACAUCGUUGAUGGUUGCUGGGGUAUCUGCGAGGAGUACCAAAGGAGUGGUUUCUCCGUCGGUUGUCACUCAAAAUGUUUUAUCUCAUCAAUCUAUUAUCAAUACCCAACAAUCAGUUAAAAACACCACAAUGAAUGUCACUUCUGGUUUGUUGUCUCCAGCUAUGAAUACAGGAAAGAGCAUUCCAGCUAAAGACCAAACUGGACUUACAAAUCGCAACCAAGUUGCUGUAUCCACCAACCUUAAGAUCAGCCAGCUCCUCGGCCAACAACAAAGCAAUGUACAAGAUGCAACAGUCAGAUUUACCAGUCAUUCCACCAUAUGUAGUACAGCUAGUGCUCCUAAUGUGGAUGAAACUGCAAAUCUCAAAUCUUUCCAAAUACAAAAUGACAAUAAAACGCAGAUUGGGUAUCAAGUGUCACCCAACAUCAGUAGUCUCAUUGGAUCUGGCCAGGGAUACAUAGUGAUGCCUGGCAAAAAGACUCAGAUCAUUUUCCCGCAGCAAGGUCAGCAGAACUCUUCCUCAACCAUGGAUAAUGUGAAAGUUUUGAAGACUCAGAAUAUUUCAGAGUUGUUAAAGUCCCAAAAUAUACCCAAGACUGCCUUGGUUCAGCAAGGAACAACCUCUGGAUCAGUGUCAUCCCAAGGUGUACAACCUGUUCAGUUAGAAAAUCCAACUCAAAACAGCACUCAAGUAGAGCCUAAGGCUGAAGUGUUGAACAACAAUGUUACGCCAUACAGAUCUCAAAAUAUUGUGGAUAAGAUAAGUACUAGUGAAACAAAGGUGGUAACAAUGGACACUAGCUAUGGACCAGAUGGUGCUACUCUCAACGGUGUUGAGGAGAACCAACAGUUCUCAGAUAAUGUCAUGACCAAGGUAGAUGUGAACCAGGACAACACUUCAAAAGAACAAUCUGACAACACAGAGACUCCUAAAGGGGCAGAGAAAGAAGAGGCGGCUCUCAACCUCCUCUCAUUAGCUAAUCUUGCAUUUAACAGAUAAUACUGUUGAUAUGUUACAUUUUAAUUUUGAGAUUACAUGUACAAUGAUAAAGGAUAGGUUAGAAAAUUCAGGUAGGCCCAUAUAGUAUUACAUCAGUACAUUAUAAAAUUUUGAACAGUUAUUGGUAAUCUCUAACAUGUUGGUGAUUAUGAAAAGAAGACUUCAUGUAUAUUGAUGUUCAAUACAAAGGUAACUGUAUAGCUGUCAUGUGAAUGUGAAGAAAACAGUAGUAACAGCAAUUUUACAAGCAGGUUUUAGUGCAUCAAAGCACUGCAUUUUACAAUUUCAUUACUAUGUAACAGUUUGACUUAUACUUUACAAUGAUGAAGUUUUAAUUUGAGAAUUAGUAAAUCACAACGCAGACUUU